UUCCAUGACUUAUUUGAGAAAGCGGAUGUGGUUGGUCCGCCAUAAUCAUUCGUGUGGGUCUGUGCUUGUGUGGUUUGGGUGUCUUACCGGUGCCAACCAUUAUUUUUAAUUAGUAAUAAGUUAUGCGUAUGAAUCCAGACAUGGACGAUGAUGAGAAGGGAAAACUGUUUGUCGGGGGUCUGUCAUGGGAAACGUCCCAAGAGAACUUGCAGCGGUAUUUCUCCCGUUAUGGCGACGUCAUCGACUGCGUCGUGAUGAAGAACAGCGAGUCGGGUCGCUCGAGGGGUUUCGGCUUCGUUACGUUCGCUGAACCAGCUUUGGUUAAUGUCGUUCUGCAGAAUGGACCCCAUCAGUUGGAUGGCAGAACAAUCGAUCCAAAGCCGUGCAAUCCCCGAACUUUGCAAAAACCAAAACGGGGCGGUGGCUACCCUAAGGUUUUCCUCGGCGGUCUGCCUUCUAACAUCACUGAGACCGACCUGCGUGUGUUUUUCGGUCGUUAUGGGAAAGUCAUGGAGGUCGUCAUUAUGUAUGACCAGGAGAAAAAGAAGUCUCGAGGUUUUGGAUUCCUGUCGUUUGAAGACGAGAUCUCCGUGGAAAGAGUGACCCAGGAACACUUCAUCAACCUCAACGGGAAACAAGUGGAGAUCAAGCGUGCGGAGCCACGCGACGGGUCCGGUAAGCUGGGCUCGGGCGGCGGUGGCAUGGGCGGCGGGGGCAUGGGCGGAGCGCCCGGGGACGCGCCCGCCGCCGGCCAGUGGGGGCCGCCGCAGGCCGCGCCCAUGAACAUCAUCCAGGGGCACAACGGACAGAUGGGAGGCCCGCCCAUCAACAUGCCCAUGGCUGGUCCCAAUAUCAUGCAAGGGUACCAGGGCUGGGGCACGUCGGCCGGGCAGACGUCGUACGCGGGCUACGGCGCGGCCGGCGGCGCGGGCGGGCCCGGCAACUACCAGGGCUGGGGCGCGCCGCCCGCCCCGCAGGCGCCGCCGCACGCGCCCGCCUGGCCCGCCACCAACAACUACACGCAGCACGCGCAGCCGCCCGCGCAGGGAUACGGCAGCUACGCAAACUACAGCUCCGCUCCCGCGGGCGCUUCCGCCGGAGGCAGCUGGACCAACUGGAGCAUGCCCCAAAACUCCAACUCCACUGGCUCUGGCUCGUACGUGCCGCUGUCGGAGGGCGGCGAGAUGUACGGGCGCGGCGGCGGCGGCGCGGCGGGCGGCGCGGCGCCGGCGCUGGCGGGCGCGCUGUCCUCCGCCGCGCUGUCCAAGUCCUCCUCCGCGGACUACUCCACCUACCAGCAGUACCCGCCCGCCUACCAGCAGGACCAGUUGGUCGAUCAGGGCCCACAAGAGUGGCUCCUCCACAAAGACAAUUAGAGAUAUGGGUGGGUUCGGAUGAGGGUAUGUCGCGAAACUCUGGGGAUUUCUCACUAUGGACGGUUCGGUCAUGCGACGAUUACGCGGGCUCACCUUAAAGGCAUCGCACCGCACUAGAUUUUAAGCUUACCUUUAGAUCCAUUUAUUGUUCAUAAUGCAUUUUUUGUAGACGUGCGAGAUGAUUAAAUCGCUUUGUUUCAUCUCAAUACUUGUAAAAUUGGCAUUUAAAGUACAAAUUAGUAAAAUUUGGAUUUUUUCAUAUUGUUACAGGUUCAUUAAUAGAUAAUUUUAACGAUAAAUAAUAUUAAGAGCUGUACUUUAAGUGUUCAGAGAUGAAAUUCGAACUUCUGUUAAUUGUAAUCAGAGAGCAUAUAUGCAAAACUGUUCUGAAUCAUCAUGGACGGCGCUGAAUGUGGCCAACGACAUGCUCUCAACUCAUUGGUCACUUGCAAGUAGAAAAAAUAUUAUCCGAAUCCACAUUGAGCGCCCCAUGAUGGCGCAUGACGUGUCGACGCUAAAGCCAUAGUUUUGUUUGUGUUUGAUAAAUUUCUAUUUUUAUACUCCUUACAUUAACCGUAAUAGUCGAAAGUCUCAAUCAGAAUGGUGGCGUGAAGUUUUGUAGGCGUUGGCUCGACACGUCAAGCGCACCGUAAUCAUGAUUUUUCGUCUUAUUAUUAGCUCGUAAUUGUUUCUACAUAUAAAAAAUAUCUAAAUAUUAAAAAUCUAUUAAAAUCUUUUUUGAUUUUUUAAGCGAUAAUUAGACGAAUUAUCACUUAAUACAUACUCGUACAUUAGAUUGUCAACGCAAGUGGCCUAAUUCAAUAGAAUGUAAUCAAUUUGAAGCUGGUAUAUUAUUGUUUCUGUUUAAUACAAUUAUCUGUAGAUAAAGCUUUACAACUCAUAAUCAUUUUGAGGCCACUGCGUAACGGUUAUUUUGAAUAGGCCCCUUUGCGCUAACGGUCCAAUAUUUAAUCCGACGACCUUUAACCGGACGUCCUGCCUUGUAUACUUCGUCUAGUAUCUCGGCAGUGAAAUAUUACAAAUUCAAUUGUAAAAUACAAGGGGGUAUCAUGUAAAUCCGAAGGGGUAGUGUCGCGCGAGUGGGGAGAUUUGUAGGAUUGUCAACAGUUCGAUAUUUUAUCGAAUCGCAACUUCCAAUAAAAAAUGUUUUUUUUUUUUAAAUAUUUUUAUUUUUAAUCUACAUAACAAUUAAAUUUGAACUUGUGCACUAUCGAAUCUUCUUUUACUUCGGACAUUACAUUUCCGAUGCGAUGCGUCCGGGACUAGUCGACAAUCCUAGCGAUACUAGACGGGGUAUAGACGGCGGGGUCCGCUAACGUGUGCGGGACUGGCUAGGGCUCGUCGUACGGCGGCGGCGGGUCGCGCUACGGCGCGGGCGGCGAGUACCACUCGGGCGCCGCGCAGCCGCCAGGUGUGCACCCGCACCCGCACCACGCGCCCAAACACUUCACCGCCAACGAGUUUAACAAGGAGUGGCCCGCCGCCUAGUGCGCGCCUCGCCCGCCUCCCCACACGCACGCCCCUCGCCCUCCCGCCGCCCGUCUCGCACCUCCGCGCGCCACCGCGCACCGCGCGCACCUCUUCUGACAACGACAGUUAACGAUCCGUAAUGUUCAGACGAUCUAUUUGGUGCGAUUGGUAACGCGAGAGUGCCGAAACGGACGGUAAAACACGACAGAUCGAUUUUCAACACUAGCGACACUGUACCAGAUUAUGGACCGACCAGCUCGACCCGCGAACGUAGAUUUUAUAUGACACGGGAUGUUCGUUUUUAUAGAUACUUUCGAUGACUGCUUAGCACUUUUUGACGAUAAAUAUACUUUAUUGUAGUUUGAAAAAAAAUAAAAAUAAAAUCAUGUUGCCUGUUAGUUACGAAACUCGAAUGAAAUGAAAUAUAAGAAGUUAAAUUUUAUAACAAUGCAAUAUAAUAUUAAAAUAAUGAUGAUUGAUAACUUUAGUAACGUGUUGAAACGUACCCAAUUUUUAAGAAGUAAUUUUAAAAAAAAAAUCCAACGACUGCAUUAACACAAACCCACACGCGUACUUUAAUUUUAGUCGUAAUCAAAUUAAUUGUAAUUAAACUAAAUUUAGAUAAUGACAAUGAUCGUUCAGAUGUGUUUACAAAGGAAGCGUAAGGUAGCAGGAAGUUGUUCUUGUUUUCCCUCCCCGAGUCUCGCGGCUCCGUGUCCGAAGCACGCCGAGGUGUGCGUGUACAUCUCUGUACACAAAAGUUUCUUUAUCUUUUUAUUAUUCUAUUUUGGAUGUGGGCUCCUUUUAACGUUUUAUUUUACUUCGUACUUUGAUAGCGUCAAAGAAUUAUCUUUUCGCGUUUAUAAAAUGAUUUCUUUUAAUAACACCACGUAAUGUAUCGAUGGGAUCUCGCUAUUUCGUGUAGUGGUGAUGUUACGAAGUGUAGAUGUAAGCGCCACGAACGCUCCGCGCACAAUUGACAGACACAAUGUUAAAACAAGGCCAAUUUAGGGAAAAUUACCUAAACAACUUAACUUAAGCUAAUGACUUGUAUAAAUAUUUGGUAUAUAUAUCGAUAUGUAUGUUUAAUAUUAGAAUUUUGGUUAUUUACCACCCACUAGACUUAGGAAAAUGGUAGGGAUGUAAUGAAAUAAUUAUGUGUUAAUAUUUAACAAAGCAAAGUAUGACUGAACGUGAUUUUAAUAUUUUUAAUUUCCCGUUGUUAAAAAAAGGGGAGCAAUUCUGUAUAAAUAUUAUUCGUAAUUAUAAUUAUUUUCUUAUAUGGAUUUUAGUUUUUUAUCGCAAUUUUAAGUUUAUAUGGAACUUAUACUUUAAUGAAUUUUUACCUGCCAAAUUGUUAUAACGAGCAAACGAUAACGUAUUUGUUAAGUGAUAAAGCUCAAGCAUUUAGGAUAUAGAGCAGUCGGCCUCGCCGGCGCCCUCCGCACCCUUCGCGCGGACUCUUGUACAUACAUAUAUAUACUUACUUGUGUGUAAAACAUAAUUUUAAUCGAUUCUCUCGUCACAUAGUUUUAAAGUUUUUAAUUUAUGUGAUCGCCAAAUAUAUUUAAAAGCUAUAUAGGGGUUAUACGGCGGUGGCGGCCCCUCGCGCUCGCCCGCUCCCUCACAAAGUGAGUUAUAAUUUAAAGUAACAUUUUUAGAUUAAAUUUAAUGUUAGUCCUUUACUGUACUAUAUCGCUCAAUCAUUUGACCGAUCGACUGAUUAAAAUUUUAGUGAUAAGCUAAGUAAUGUAAUCGCGAGCGGGGCGGCGAGCGCGCCGCGGGCCGGACCUGUUCCUUUAAGUUAAUGCUAGAUACGCGGCCGGCGCCACGCGCGGUCACAUUUGUUAUAAAUGUUUUAAUAGGAAAAUUGUUGAUAAUUACAUUGAAUGCAUAAUUUGAUAGUAUAGGGUUAUUUAAGAUCGCACCGUAAGUAAAGUAUAAUUUAUCUAUGACUAUGAGGAGUAAUGUGAGACGUAAGCGUUUAUAAGUGACGCGGUCCGGCGAAAGGUGCGGAGUCCCAAAUUUAAUGCUAAAUCAUAGAAAAAACGCCUUACAUUGUGAUGUUCAUAGUUAAAGCGCAUAUUGGUACAUUUCUUAUAGCUCUAUUAUAUUACACACGACUGAAACACAUCAUUAUGUAGGAAGUUGAAACUUGUACCUUAAAACGAUAUAUUGAAAUAUUAUUAAUAAUUACUAAAUGAUGUCGGUGCCUAUUUGCCCACUACUAGGUUACGUGUAGUUGUGCCCGUUUCUUACCGCUCCUUUACUCUUACCUGAUCGUUCCUAUGUAAGUUAGGUUUAAUUUGUCUCGAUUCAUUCCUCAGUAACGAUACGCGUCCUAAUAUACUGUCGCUGUAAGUCCUGUUUUAUAAGUUCGCUUAGACGGCACGUUCGAGUCGCUUUUACUUGGCAUUUGUAUCGUCGAUCGACUAACCAGUAACCCGCUGCCCAUUGCGCCGUCGCGCCGUCGCACCGUCGCACUCCGCGGGCGAGUGGCUCCGCCCACGCGGCCGCGCUCGCCCGCGCCGCCCGCACCCGCCCGCACCCGCCCGCUCCGGCGCGGGCGGCGACUUGUGCGACGUGUCGUGUCCGCAUUUUGGUUCUAAUUUACUUACUGUAGGUUUAAUAUACAACCACCGAUGAAGUGAUGACAUUGUUCACGUCUGUUUAAUGUUAGGAAAUGAUGCCUUACAAAAAGUUAAGUGAAUAUAGAGAUGAUUUAUAUUAUGUUAAUUUCAGUGAUAUUAAAUUAGCACUAAGGUGUCUUUUAGAUACGGGCUCGGUACCCGGACUCACAAAACCUUCGGAACAAUUUGUAAGAAGUUAGUUUGUAAUUAACCAUCGUGGCAAUCUUCUAAGUAACAUAAAGAGUAUAAUUUAUUUAAAUAAAGUAUAAUAUGUAUUAGAAAUUUUAGAUUUACUCAACAUUAAACUUAGUGCAAAUUAUUGUGAGAAAUCAAUUGAGACUAUUUAUAUGGGUUUUUAAUUAUUAUUAUAUAGGAGAAGAGCAUAAAAUAUUGGAUGAAUUUAUUAAUUAAAAAUAGUUAGCAAAAUACAAUACGGUAAGACUCGUUAGAGGCUCGUCUGUCAAAUGUGUUCCGCGGGCGUGACGCGGCGCGCUCAUCUCGGGCACUUGCAUCAGUUGCAUUUUAAUAUUACACUGAGUAAUAUCGACAUAAGAUAUACACUGUAUCUUAAUAAUAAUGUUUAUGGAAUAAUAUUUUAAUCAUGGCUUAACUGUAGUACUGUUGUGUAGUUAACCUUUCGACUCUUGUUUGUAUUACUUUAUAUAAUAUAGUGUACGCGGUUUUUUAUAUGUGUAUGUUUAUUCAAGUAGUAACAUGUUUGUGUAAAAGUGUAUUUUGGUAUAAUAAUUAUGAUAUCUCGCGCGCGCGGUUUUGUCUGUGUAGUGCCGCGCGGGCGCUUGCAUAAAUAAACUUAUGAUCGUAAUUGACUAAUUAUAUUAUAUGAGACCCCUAGUGUUAACGUUAGAUUAGCAGGACUCUUUUUAAGUUUAUUUUCUACUCGUCUAAAAGAAUUGCAUUUAGUCAAAGGCAUCGGCAGCUAACAGUCGAUUCUUACUAUAGUCGGUUCUAAAGUUAUUUUUAAAACAAUGCAGGUAUUAUUAAUAUAAAAUCCUCGUAUUUAUACUAGAUUUAUAUACUAUAAAUGUAAUUAUUGAACACACUAUCGUAAAAUAAAUUGCACGGGCUUAACAGUUAAUUAUAACAUUAAUUAUUAUAAAACUUAGGGCAAGUUGUUAUUUAUUUCUGUUUUAAUUAAAAUUUUGAUGUUGAUUAUUUUUUAAAAUAUUUUUUUUUUCAUUAUAGUGGAUAAAGUACAUAAUUCUCGAUCGAUUAGAUUACAAAAUUAUUAGGUGAACUAUCGACUGAUGUACAAUAUUUAAAGUAAUGGUUACUUACGGCAAUAUAUAAGUUUUACUUUACGCGGCUCCACUACGGGGCGCUGUAUUUAUACUGUAUUAAUUUCGUAUAAAAUGUAAUUAAUUGGAAGCGGCGACCGCGACCGAGCCACAUAUUAAGCAUGUUACGAUUGUAAGACUAUUAUCUAGAUUUGUUGUAACUCGUAAUGUUGUAACUCGUAAUGUACCACUAGCCCUAAGGCCCGAGCGAGCGCGCGCGCGCCGCGCCGUCGCGCCGCCCCGGCGCCGCCGCGCGCGCGCGCUCGCCACUAUUAUAUAUAAAAAGGAAAAUUAUGAUAGACUUACACGUGCGUCCUUGUUGUUUCUUUUUUAACGAUUACCUAAUGAUAAUUAGUUAAUUACGGUUUUAAUAAUUAAUUUUAACCGAAGCACUAAAAUAUUAAGACGAGAAGCUUGUACGCGAUAAAACAUUCGAUGUAACGAUUCGAAGUGCUAUCACAGAAAAUAAUAACACUUAAGGUUUUUCGAAGUAGAAAUUAUGCAUUAUUCAUAUUAGGUAUUUUGGGUAUAUAUUAGUUAGUUUUAACUGGUAACAUAAGUAUGUAGUUUGUAAUGUAAUGAAAAAAUAAACAGUUUGUCGUAGUUUCCUAUUAUUAAGCUUCUUCUAUCUUAAUGGUUUAAGUAAUACUACUGGUUGAAUAAUUUAAAAAAUAUUAAUAUUACCACUGCAAAUAUUUGAGAUAUCUUAUGAUGAAAUAUAUAUCUACUUUAAGGACAUUAUAAAACGUAGAUAAUUAAAAGAAAUCAAAAAUUUCAAAAUA